CGUAUUAUUCGUUAGACUAAAAUCUAACAUUUCAUUUAAAUCAAAAAUUUUCUUUCAAUGGCCACAACGAUUGCUUUUUUCAGGAAUACAUCGAUGACGUCAAUGAAAAAAUGUGAUGUAUGAAUAUACGCUUCGAGUAAAAGUAGUUCACAGCACUAUUUUGUCCCGCGCAAUAUAUUUUUCGUGUGUAUUUUUGUAAACAGGCCCGUAGCUAAAUUUUUCGUUCAACUCGCAAUGGUGUCCUCCAUUCUUAGAAAGUUCUAAGGAAAAGUUCAAGAUUUCGCCACAUUUUUCGCCUAUGAUAGGAUCUAUGAGCAGCCUAAAGAUCUUCUGACCUUUCGUUUGAGCCUGUGUUGUAAUUUUUGGAUUGUCAAAAUGUCGCAGGACAUACCACCAGAACGACAAGGUACACAGGUAGUGCAUGUGAGGGAAAAUAGUGGAAACGAACUUGAUGCACUGUUUCAGUUUGCAGCUAAUCCAAACCCGGAAUUAGGGGGACAGAUUCCCUUCCGUAAAAGGAAUUUACCUCCAUCCUUUUUUAAUGAGCCAAAACCGUCACAGCCUGGCCAUGUGAAGCAAGGUAGCAAUGACUCGACAGGUUUUCCUGGACAAAUGAACCCCGCCAUGGGGGCCCACAUGAGGGCACACUCCUCACCCGCUACCUUACAACAAUCCCUCUCGGCGGCCCCUCAACCCCCCAGUCACGCCCGACAGCGUUCCUGUGAUGCGUUGUUAGACCCAAUAGAUAGCGAACCCCUUCCCCCAGGGUGGGAAAUGGCAAAAACUCAAGAUGGACAAAGAUAUUAUUUAAAUCACUUAACCCAGAUCACCACCUGGCAAGACCCCAGGAAAACAGGCAGCUCUAAUGCUCUAAACAGUCGAACACCGCCACCCAACUCUCAGUCCCCCAAUGUGUCACUCCAGAACCUGGGGCCAUUACCACCAGGGUGGGAGCAGGCAAACACAGCAGAGGGGGACAUAUACUUCAUCAACCACAUAGAACGUAUCACAAGCUGGUACGACCCACGCAUACCUGAACAACUGCAGCAGUUAAGACUCAGUGGUUCACAACCACAGCUGCAGAGACAGAUGCAGUCCCCGAGACAAAUGGGGCAAACACAACCCCCCUCAAUCAGUCGUCCAGUGGGUGCCAAAUCCCCAGCCUCAGUUCAGUUUUCAAAAAUUCAAAUGGAAAAAGAAUUACUGCGCAAAAGGCAGGAAGACCUACAGCGUCAGGAAAUGAUGCUGAAAGCGCAGAUGCAGCAACAACAGGUUUAUGAAAAUCCACCUAAUUCUCAAGGCAUUGUGAUAUCUCAAGCUCUUGAAAUGACAACAGUGACAGACCCCUUCCUUGGCCAGUCUAAUGUGACGGCUAACCACAUCAAGCAGGAAAGCUCAGACAGUGGCGUUGGAGGUAUGGGUACGGGGACUCCAUACAGUCUCUCUCGAACUCCUGAAGAUUUCCUUAGUAACGUCAGCGAAAUGGAGCAAGAUGGAGGAGGACACAGACACAGUGAAUUCAAUAAUAUGGACAUUGGUAACAUUGGAGGAAAUGAGGAAAACAGCAACAUGGACAGUGAGGAUUUGGUCCCAAGUCUGCAGGAAGACAUCAGUAAUGAACUGUUAAAUGAUAUGGAGAGUGUGUUGAAUGUCAAUAAACUGGAUAAUAUUCUCAGUGGGGACAAUUCACUCACUUGGCUGUGAAACAGAAACAAACUUCAUAUUCCAUGUUGCAUCUCCUCUGUCACAUGACACAAGGUCAUGUGACCACCAGUAGCAGAGUAAGAGGAAUCUUAUGUACUGCCAAACCUUAUGUUGCACAGUUUAGUGAGAAAGUUAUUUUUCAAAUAGAUUUUUUUUUAGAAUAUCAGGGAAAAUGAGAAAGAGAAAUAAAAAGUUAUAUUUUGUACUCUCUCAUCGGCAUCUCCAUCAUUAUUGUUCAUUAUCAUAUAUUCUCCAUGUGUUCCAUGCCCAUUAUUUUUCUAUGCCAGUGUUAUAUGAAAUUAUAAUUAUAUUGCAAUGGUUUUUAGCACAAUAACAUAAUACAUGCAGGACAGUGAUAAUAUAGUCUGCUUUGUUCUACAGAGUAUGUAUCCUGUGGAAUCAUUCUAAUUCAUGGGAGGUGAAUGUUCAUGGGCAAGCAAAAUUUUAAUGGUUUUUCGGGACAAUUUGUGGAUAAAUUUCUUAUACAAAAGAUUCAAAGAAUGAUGACAAAAUAAUUGUUGGGGGGAGGGGGGAGGUUAAAUUCGUGGUUAUGGAUGAUCCACUGAAUGUCCCGGAAGAACAAUGAGAUUCCACUCAGUAUCUUAACAUUUCCUUAAUAACAGAGGUUUUAAAUCUGCAUGAAAAAAAAUCAAAAAGAGUACCAAAGAGUAGAUGUUUCUAUGUAUCAGAGGGCAUGGCAUAUAUGUAAAUACAAUGGAUUUUUUGUUUUUAGUAACAACUUGAAAUAUAUAUUAUAUCAUUGUUACUUUGUGAAAAGCUGUUCAAAUUUGUGUAAUUUUUUCUUAUCAUGUAGUAGAAGAUUGCAUGAAAAAAUAAUUAUGGUCUAUGCACCCUUUACUUAAAAAAAAGAAUUUUUUAACCCAUGUAUACUUAAGUUUACUGGGCUGCUUAGCUACAAAUGUGAUAAAUAUUUGUUGUAAAAAUUUUUGGGUUCAUCAUAUGUACAUGAUAACAACCUCGACUGUCUUUCUUUUUGAAGGGCUAUUAAAGUUUAUUUACAUCUUUACCAUUGUUUGGGAAUGAAAUUAUGUUUUGUUUAUUUGUCAGUAUUUUCAUUCAUAUUUUUAAGUAUGUUUUUUUUUUACAUUUAGAUUUUUAUGAACCUUUUAGCUUAAUAAUAUAUUUUGGUACAUCCUGCCAAAAAAAAAUAUGUUACCCUAUUUGCAAAAUAACGUUUGAACUUAUAUCUAGUUUUAUUAUAUGUAUUGUGAUAUCUUUUAUGAUGAUCAAUAUGAGAGAUAAUGGCAGCGAUGAUUUGUAAAACUAAUUGAUAUUAUUUCCAUUGCUCCACGACUGAACAACUCGGUAAUUGUUCAGUGGGGCUAUCUCAGAGUUUUGAAAUUUAUUAAAGAUAAUGAAUUUCAUCUGUAUUCAGUAAAAUGUCUGAAAGAAUAUUCAUCAGUAACAGGUCCUAAUGAAUAUUCAUCAGUAAAAGGUCCAGAGAUAAUCUCCCUUUCUGCCGAUAUGAUUGCCUUAAUAUGCAUGUGAUAUUUGACUUAUAUUGUCCCUGUGAUAGUCUUGCAUAACAGUCUGCCCUCAUCAUAUGAUAACUUCAUUCGCACAAUGUCAUGAACACAGAUUUUUAUAAGAAUCACUAUGAAUUGAGUGCUUUUGUUUUUUGAGGUUGUAAAAAUCUUAUUUUUAUUCAUAAUGUCAUGAAUCUAUCUUUAUUAUUAUGCAAUAAGAGUGUCUGUGAACUUGUUGGCACAUAUUGUGGGACUUUGCUGUUCUGAGAUUUUUCAGAAUAAAUUAGGAGGGAAGCAGGUGCAUCCGGUGAGAAACAGAUUUUAAAAGAGUUCUGAAACUCAAAUGGAAGAUUGGGAUUUUCUGGACCUGAAUUGUGUCUCUGUUCCAGAAUUUUGAUUAGUGAGAUAUCUGUGAAGUUGUUUAUUUGGGAUGGAUAUCUUUGAUGUGCCAUCAACCUGGGUAGAAAGAAAUUUGUUUUUCUGCAAAAAAAAUGGCUUGGAACAAGGCCUAGUUCACAGUCAUUGUUCAUGAGAUGAGCAUAGUAGAUCUCUCAUUGCCCAGUGUUCAGAGUCAAGCUAUUGUCAUUUUAUUGCCCAUUUUUUCUGUCGCUAAUGAAAGGGUUCCUGGAAAGAAGGGCCUUGUCUUUUAGGGUGACAAAAUCUGUAAUCUGUGAAUAUACUUCCAUGUUGUGUCUGUUGAACUGUUUUUGUCAAAUUUUAUUUUGGUACACACAUUUUGAUAAAUACCAUGUUCUUUGGACAUCUUUUUUGUACAGGUAUAAGGCAGAGCCAUGAACAUACAUUCCAAUGUCCUUAUCAUUUUUAUGCUGGAAAUUCACGCCUAAAAUUACAUUUUUUUCUCAGGCUUGUUUUGAAGAAAGAAAAGUUUUUUUGUCAGGCCAGCCUAAGAGUAUUAAAUCAUUGUAUCAAAGUUAUUUUUUUCCUAUAUUCAAAAUGGUAGUCAAGGGAAAAACUGAUGAUUUAUGAUUUUUAUAUAUUAAAAUGUGUGCAGAUUUUUUUUUAAUUGUUUGCACAUUUGUAUAUAAUAAACAUGCAAUUUAAAGUGCUACAAGUAUAAAAAUAAUUUAUACUGUUAUUUUUUUCAGAAAAUUUAACGAAAUACAAGAAAGACUUCACUUUUGAGUUAAGCUUUCCUAUAGAGCCUAUUGAUUAUAUAGUUGUUUAGCAUAUUCUUUACUUAUACAACUUCUUUCAAUUUAAGAAAUAUAAUACUAUAUGUAUAGUGAAUCUUUAUAUAGAAUAUAAAUGUAAGUGUACAUAUGAAGAUCUCAAGAAGCAAAACAAAAGUGUAACAGAGGUUUUAUAUUAUGUAUCUGGUGAGAAUGAAUUUGAAUUCACUGAAUGACCUCAAGGAAAGGUCAUGAACAUUUGUAGAUAAAAAUAUAUGAAAAAAAAAUCAAUAAAAAUUGUAUAAAAUGA